AUGAAGUCAUUCAUCUCAGCAUCGCUACUAUCAAUGCUGGCCCUCUGCCAACAUAGCAAGGCAGCAGCCACCUGCGGUAACUUCACCAUCGUAGGAGCCAACAACUACACGAAAUCCUCCUCUAUGACUUUCGCCGUCAGUCAAGGUGUCGUCUGCAAUGGGACUUCUGACUGCUCAGUACCGGUUGGCGGAGACGUGACCGACCGCCGCACCACGAACUUGACGGACUCUACUCCGGACUGGGCAUUCCAACUUAUCAGCAACGCAACCGGGUAUUCUUUCAAUGCGACAUUGGUCGGCGCAAUAGAGAACACCACAUACACAAUCAACAAGGGCUCCUCGGGAUAUAUUGGCUUCACGCCUACAUACCGAUGCACGCAAGGCAUCCUCUCAGCAUGCGAGAACAAAGACCUUGAUGGCACACCUGUGGAAGCAUGCACACCAUUUGGCUGGGAGGAAGGCAUGAUUAAUGGUACAUUGGCGGCAGUCAUGACAUCGCCGGAAACUGCUUCGGCUCUGGUCUGCAACCCUGCAAAUACAAGUUUGGCGUCAAGUGGCAACAGCACCAAUUUCUGUAUCAACCCGACAAAUUCGUCUUCUGGGAACACAUCGGCACCAGAUUUGUCAGCUGGUGCUGGUCUGUCGAGCAGUGUGGGCACAGUCUUGUUGUCGGUUGCUCUGCUGGUCGCGAUUAUUGGUAUCUAA